AUGACUGGGUUAAAAGCCAGGUUAGUGUCAGUAGGAAGAGAAAUUCUGCAUUCACUGUCUGUACAGUCAGAGCUGGAUAGGAAUACAAAGGAAAUUAUAAAUGAUCAUAAAAUAAAAGAAUAUCCACCAUCACAUCCAAACUUCAAUCGAUCUGGGAUAUCUGAUCAUGAUUAUAUAGAAAGUUUAAAAUUUGAAAAUCGAGAACUUCAAGCAACUAUUUCCAAACAAGAAAGUUGGAUCGAAUCAUUGAUUCAACAAUUGAAAUCAAAUAAUAUCACACCAGAAUAUGAAAAAUUAAUAUCAAGUAAACGACUUCUGAGACGACCACUGAAGCUUACGAAAAAUGAUGAAAUAAGGUUACCAUUUCUUAAUGAUCUGCUGUCUCAACCACUGGUACAACUGCUGAUACUGCUGCUGCUGCAGUCACUGUUGGUAUUACCAGCUUCACAACUUGACCCUAAAGCUAAAAAAGUGGGGCCAGUACUAGAUUCUAAAGGUGGGGUAUGUUUAUCACCAGCAAUUGCAUCUGCAGCAUCUGUUUUGGCAGCUAGUAUUGAAAAUGAAGAAAAUAAACUGACAUCACCAUCAUCAGAUUCAUAUCCUGACAUACCUGAAAGAUCAUCAAGAAGGCGAAGGAAUUCGUCGGCGGUUAGAAUUGAACACCCUACUGCUAGAUUCCAAGAAAAGGUUGAAAGAGAACGUCUUGAAAAGGAACGUCUUGAUCAAAAGCGAAAAGAACGUGAAGUGAAGAAUAAAGAAUUGGUAAAACCAGAUAUUCAACCGACUGUUCCAAAUGGAAAACUUCUGUCCAAUGAACAAGAUAAAGUAUUAGAUGUUCAAGAAAAGGAGAAUAAAGAAGACUUAGCAAGACGAGAGAGAGAACGAAUUGAAAGGGAAGAGUUUGAACAACAAGUACUUAAUCAAGAACUUUUUGAGAAGAGACAAUUAGAAUUGGCAAUGGAGGAAGAAAAGAAAAAAGUCGCCAAGGAAGAAUCAGAUCGUCUUGAAAAAGAACGUAUACAAAGAGAAGAACAAGAACUCUUGGCGAUGGAACUCCUUGAAAGAGAAAACUUAAAAAUUGAACAAGAACAAGAACGUCUUCGAAAGCUUCAUAGAGAGCAAGUAAAUAGAGCUCAGAAUGAAUCCAUUGACAAGGAAAAACUUGAGAAAGAAAGACUUGAGAAGGAACGUCUUGAGAAGGAGCGUCUUGAGAAGGAGCGUCUUGAGAAGGAACAACUUGAACAAGAACGUCUUGAGAAGGAACAACUUGAAAAGGAGCGUCUUGAGAAGGAACGUCUUGAGAAGGAGCGUCUUGAGAAGGAGCGUCUUGAGAAGGAACAACUUGAAAAAGAGCGUCUUGAGAAGGAACAACUUGAAAAAGAGCGUCUUGAGAAGGAACAACUUGAAAAAGAACGUCUCGAAAAAGAGCGUUUCGAAAAAGAACAAUUUGAAAAGGAGCGUCUCGAAAAGGAGCAACUUGAAAAAGAGCGUCUAAAGGAGGAACAACUUCAAAAAGAAAAGGCUGAAGCUGAUCGCAUUGCAAGAGAAAGAAUAGAGAGGGAACAACAAUUGGACUAUGAACGAGAAGCCAAAGAACAACAAGAAAGUCUUGCUCGUGCUGAAAAAGAACUUGAAUUAAUGGCGGAAGCAGAGCAAAAGAAAAUUGAAGCUUCAAAAAAAGCAAAUAUAUCCUUGUCACCUCGCAAAAAUUAUCUAGCCGAUGUAUCAGAUAACAGGUCUUCGCUUUACUCAGAAGAGAAUGCCCCAAGCAUUACUUCUGAUAAUUCUGAUUACAAAGCCAAUGAAAAGGGCUCUCAAAUAAUGAAUCAUGACAAAAAUCGCAGUAAUGGUAGUUUCAACUCCUACAAAUCUAGAAUAAGGUUACCUUCUUCUAUGAAUCUGACUCCACAAAUGAAUAAUAACAAUAUGAACAAUAAUAUUAAUGUCAAAAGUUUAAGUCUUGACGUUCCUCCGAGUGAAUUGUCAAAUGAAAAUAAAUUAAGAUCUCCUGCGACAUGCACUAGAGAUGACCAGAUUGAUUUGAGCUCUGUGAACACCGGAGCUACUACUCCCUUGAUCAGUCAAUCUGAAUCAUUCUUUAAGGAAAGAGGAGGCCAAAGAGAACCAUUUACUCCAGAAGGUUUCCAAACAAGAAUUAUUAGUGGUGAUAAAGUUGAUGAUUUACGUUCUAUAACCUCACCUGUUCACAGUAGCUUCAAUUCCUCGUAUCUCUCUCCAAGAGUAGAUGCUAGUCAUAAAAAUGUCGGUAAUCAUGACACACAUUCCAUUGACUCCAUAAAUACUCGUCCUCGGGUAUCAACAAAUACUUUCCAAGUAUCCCCUGCCGUUGCUGCAGCAAAAGAGGAUGAUACUGCACUUUUCAUACAACCUGACGAAUUCCAAACUAUUAAUAUUACGGUGACUAGUACCCUUCACAUAAGCUCAAACAAAAAGUCUGACGAGCCACAAUGUACUAUUGCUGUCACAGAUCGAGCAAGUGAAAAGGAAAUGUGGAGAAUUCGUAAAACUUAUUCUCAAUUAGUUUCAUUUGAUAAUGAAAUUAGACCAAUUGUGGAAUAUUUUGGAUUACCUCCACUUCCUGAGAAGAGUAUGUUUUAUUCAUCAUCUCCUAUAAAGAUAGACUCACGUCGAUUACAACUUCAAGAUUACUUCAAUACUUUGUUCUUGAUGCCACACAUACCUCAAAUGGUAUUGUAUCGUGUUUGUAGAUAUCUUUCACUCGACUUUGUUAGUCCAUUGGACGACUUUAAAAGUGGAGCUAGAAAAGAAGGUUAUUUAAUCCGUCGGUACAAAGGGUUGGGGACUUCAUGGAAGAUUCGUUGGUGUCAAGUUGAUGGUCCAACAAUGGAUAUCUUUGAAUUACCUGGAGGACCCAUGAUAGAACAGAUAAAAUUGGUAGGAGCUCAAAUCGGUCGUCAAUCGGCUGAUUCAGUAGCCGAGGAAAAGGGGUAUAGACAUGCCUUUUUACUCAUGGAAUCUUCCAAAAGUUCGAAACUUCAAUCUUCUUUACCAAAGCAUUUCUUCUGUGCUGAAGAUGAUAUCGAAAGAGAUGAAUGGAUUCAAUGUUUGGUAGACUAUGAUAACUCAGAUUCUCCACUUGAUGCCAAUACUUCUUAUGAUUAUGAUGUCGAUACGACAGUCGUUUUAUCAACUCCUAACAAUCACCAGCAUUCUUUUGAAGAAGAAUCAUCUAAAGCAAACGCAUACUCAACAAGUACCAUCGGCUCGCCAGUUAGUCUCUAUCAAAAUGGAAGUACUGCUACCCUUGAUCAGGACUCAAGUAAGAGUGUAUUAAUUGAUGAUUUCCAGAAGGACCAUAAAGAAAAGGAAAGAGAGAAAAAACAUAAAAAGAGAAGUAUAUUCCCCUUUAGAACAAAGACAUCGCUGAAUGAAGCUGAUUCAGAUAUACUUCAGUAUCCAAAUGUCGCUCAUGCUACAACGUCAACUCAUCCGGAAUCUUCCAUGCAAAUGUAUCUUGAUCUGAUGAAUUUAGAUUCUGACCUUUCAAAAACCAUUUUUGGACGUGGUAUUGAUGCUGCUUAUAAUCUUUCCUCUCAUGAUUAUCAUGGACGGAGUAUUCCUAGUAUCUGUUUCCGAUGUUUGGACUUCCUUACUCGUGCUGGAGCUGUAUAUGAAGAAGGGAUAUUCCGUUUAAGUGGCUCUGCAUCUAACAUCAGACAUUUGAAGGAACUUUUUAACGUUAAUUUUGACGUUGAUUUAUUUAAUUGUGGGGUUCAAUCAGAUAUACACACAGUUGCGGGGCUUUUCAAGACAUACCUUCGUGAACUUCCAGAACCAAUACUUGGAACUGGAGCGUUCAAUGACCUCAAGAGUAUAGCUCAUAAAUUAGACUCUGAUAAGGGAGCCUUGGCGAUAGCUUUCAGAGACUAUUUGAAUGAUCCUACUCAUAUUGAUCGAAUCCAUUAUGACUUGUGCUAUGUCAUUUUCAAGUUUUUGAAAGAGAUUAUAUCUAACAAUGCUUCAAAUAGAAUGAAUCUUCGGAAUUUAUGCAUUGUGUUUGUACCUACAUUGAAUGUUUCACUUGAAAUAUUAAGUGCAUUCUUAGUUGAUUUUGAUUGUAUAUUUGAAAAUGGUCAACCAGUACCCAACAAUACUCGAGAAGUAUUAGACCUAUACAUUCCAAACUUCUAA